AGCAGCAGACAUGAAGAUCUUCUGUCUUCUGGUGGCUGCAGCAGCCGUCGUUGUCGCCGAGGAGAAGAAACAAACAAAAAGAGGACUUUAUGAUUUUGGAGGUCAUGACUUCGGAGACCACGACUUCAGCAACCAUCACCAUCACGAGGUGAAGACCAUCACGAUAGAGAAGGAGGUGAAGGUGCCAUACCCGGUCCACGUGGAGAAGAAGGUACCGUACCCUGUCAAGGUGCACGUCGAGAGGCCGGUCCCAUACCAUGUGGAGAAACCUUACCCUGUGACUGUGGAGAAGAAAGUGCCUUACCCGGUCAAGGAGUACAUCCCUAAACCUUACCCUGUCGAGAAGAAGAUCCCUUACCCAGUAAAAGUGCAUGUAGAGAGGCCAUACCCCGUGCAUGUACCCAAGCCUUACCCCGUCUACGUAGAGAAGAAGGUCCCCUACCCUGUAGAGAAACACAUCCCUUACCCGGUCAAGGUGCAUGUCCCCCGGCCUGUCCCCUAUCACGUUCCUGUUGUCAAACACGUGCCUUACCCCGUCGAGAAGAAAGUUCCUUAUCCCGUCAAGGUGCCAGUUGAGAAGCCAGUCCCCUACCCUGUGGUGAAGCCUUACCCCGUCUACGUAGAGAAGAAGGUUCCCUACCCGGUGGAGAAGGAGGUGCCGUAUCCAGUCAAGGUUCCGGUUCACAUCCCGGUCCAUGCCCACGAGCAUCAUGAGCAUAAGGAACAUCACUUUGGAGAACAUCACUUCGGAGGACAUCACUUCGGACACAGUUUUGGACACACCUUUUAAAUAUUAACAGCCGUACAGAAUGAAGUUUUAAUGUAAAUAAAAUGUACAUU